AAUCAUAAUUAAAAAAAUAUAUAUUUUAAAUUAGUUAAAAAAAUACAAAAUGAAGACUGCUGCUCUAGAUGAAUCACCUAAAAUAGCCAAAGCAAAUGCAACAUCCAACAUUACAGAUGAUUAUGAUCCCCACGAUCAUCGUAAUGUUAAGAAUCCAACAAAUAAUUGGCAGACAAUGGCUCAUUUUCUUAAGGCCAGUAUAGGUACGGGAGUCUUAGCCAUGCCAAGUGCUUUUGCGAAUGCCGGUUAUAUUAAUGGUUUCAUAUUGACGGCGAUUAUUGGUGCCAUUGCGGUUUAUUGCUUACACAUACUGAUUGGUUCCAUGUAUGUGCUGUGUAAACGAAAACGUGUGCCCUAUUUGACAUUCUCAGAGGCCAUGACAAUGGGUUUUCAAGAGGGUCCGCCUUGUUUUAAAUGCAUUGUACCCAUAGCAACACCCUUUGUGGAUGGUUUCUUGGCCUUUUAUCAUUUUGGUAUUUGCUGUGUCUAUGUUGUCUUUAUCUCGGAGAGCAUCAAACAAAUUGUUGAUGAACAUUUAAUCGUUUUGGAUUUAAGAAUUCACAUGUGUUUCGUCUUAGUGCCAUUAUUUUUAAUUUACAGUAUUAGAGAUUUAAGAUUUUUGGCAAUAUUCUCCUCAAUUGCUAAUGUGCUGCUCUUUGUGGGUUUUGCUGUUAUUCUGUAUUAUAUAUUUGAUUGUUUACCACCCCUAUCGGAACGUGAACCCGUAGAGAAACUAGCCAAGUUGCCAAUUUUCUUUGGCACUGUUCUCUUUGCUUUGGAGGCUGUUGGUGUGAUUUUAGCCAUCGAAGAGAAUAUGAAAACACCAAAAGCAUAUUUAAAACCAUUUGGCAUUAUGAAUAUCGGCAUGACAGUCGUUUUAAGUCUCUACAUAAUUUUGGGUUUCUUUGGCUACUGGAAAUAUGGUGAUGAUGCCUUGGGCAGUGUUACAUUGAAUAUACCACAAGAAGAAAUUUUGGCACAAGUUACAAAAAUAAUGUUUGCCAUUACAACAUGGAUUUCAUAUGCUUUACAGGGUUAUGUUACGGCCGAUAUCAUCUGGCAUAAAUAUCUGUCGAAACGAGUAAAAGACACAUCGAAACAUGUUCUCUUUGAAUUGCUUAUAAGGGCUGGAAUUGUUCUUUUAACAUUUUGUGCAGCCAUUCUUGUGCCGGAUUUAUCACUGUUUUUGUCGUUGGUCGGUUCAUUUUGUUUGUCGAUUUUGGGAAUUAUAUUCCCAGCAUUAUUACAAAUUUGUGUACAAUAUACCACUGGCUAUGGUCCAUGGAAGAUACGAUUAACCAAAAAUAUAUUACUGGUGGCAUUUGGAGUUUUUGGUGGCGUAGUUGGAACGUAUGUUAGUAUUGAGGAAAUUGUGAAUGCAUAUAAAAAAUAAAAAAAACAAAAAUGAAAUGAAAUUAAAUGAAAUGAAACGUAUGUAAAUUGUAAAUGAAAUUGAAUAUUAACAUUGGUUGAGAAUACUAUAUAAACAUAUCUACAUAUGUAUGUAUGUGUAUUGUAGUAGUUAAAAUAUUGUACAUUUUAUAUUUGUAUUUGUAUGUAAGUUUAAGUGUAUUUUAUAGAUAUGAAUUUGUACUCGUAUGCUCUUUAGUUGUAGUAUGUAUUUUAAGUUAAAUAAUGUAAAAAGUUAAAAAAUAAAAAAAUAAACAAUAGUGUAUGUAGAUAAAAACAUAAAGUGUAAAU